UACGCUUCCAGCUUCCGGUUGGAGUGUAAAUGGAUACAUGACACAGUUGUUUGCUGGAGUGCUAUUCUCAGGAAAACUGUUAACAUCGACAGUGUCAACAAAGAGAUUGUGACAUCGUAACGGCGGACAGUGCCGUGUAGAGCCGGCCGCGAUGGAAGCGGUCCCCCGGAUGCCGAUGAUCUGGCUGGACCUGAAGGAAGCAGGGGAGUUCCAGUUCAGCCCGGCCGUGAGGCAGUUCAUCCUGAAGAACUAUGGAGAGAAUCCAGACAACUACAAUGAACAGUUGAAAAAGCUGGAAACUCUGCGGCAGAGUGCAGUGAACGUGACACGGGACUUUGAGGGGUGCAGCACCCUGAGGAAGUACUUUGGUCAGCUGCAUUAUGUCCAGAGCCGAGUGCCCAUGGGACCCACUCAGGAGGCUGCUGUGCCCAUCUCAUGGACGGAAAUUUUCUCUGGAAAAACCGUCACCCACGAUGACAUCAGCUACGAGCAAGCCUGCAUUCUCUAUAAUCUGGGGGCCCUGCACUCCAUGCUGGGAGCAAUGGAUAACCGGGUGUCUGAAGAGGGGAUGAAGGUGUCAUGCACACACUUCCAGUGUUCGGCAGGAGCUUUUUCCUACCUGAGAGACCAUUUCAGCCACAACUUCAGCGUGGACAUGAGCCACCAGAUUCUGAACCUCAACAUCAACCUCAUGCUGGGCCAGGCUCAGGAGUGCCUUCUGGAAAAGUCCAUGUUGGACAACAGGAAGAGUUUUCUGGUCGCCCGCAUCAGUGCUCAGGUGGUGGAUUACUAUAAGGAGGCCUGCAGGGCUCUGGAGAACUCGGAGACGGCCUCCAUGCUGGGAAAGAUCCAGAAAGACUGGAAGAAACUGGUUCAGAUGAAGAUCUACUACUUCGCUGCCAUCGCACACCUUCAUAUGGGGAAGCAAGCAGAGGAGCAGCAGAAGUUUGGAGAACGGCUGGCUUACCUGCAGAGCUCUUUGGACAAACUCAACGAAGCCAUCAAGCUUGCAAAGGGUCAACCUGACAGCGUGCAGGAAGCGUUGAGAUUCACCAUGGACGUAAUUGGUGGAAAGUUUAAUUCAGCCAAAAAGGACAAUGACUUCAUCUAUCACGAGACAGUUCCCUCUCUGGAGACUCUAGCCUCUGUCAAAGGCGCUCCCCUCGUGAAAGCCCUCCCUGUCAAUCCCACCGACCCCAGCGUAACCGGACCAGACCUGUUUGCCAAGCUGGUGCCCAUGGCCGCCCACGAAGCCUCCUCUCUGUACAGUGAGGAGAAAGCCAAGCUGCUGAGGGACGUCAUGGCCAAGAUCGACAGCAAGAACGAAACUCUCGAGCAGUUCAUGGACUCGCUGGGCCUGGAGCUGGAGUCCGUCGACAACCUGGACAUGUACAGCCACAUCCCUCCGGUCCUCAUGGAGAAGUGUGCCGCUCUCAGCGUCCGGCCAGAUACCGUCAAGAGCCUCAUUCAGUCCAUGCAGGUUCUCUCAGGUGUCUUCACCGACGUGGAGUCGUCCCUGAGGGAGAUCAGAGACGUCCUGGAGGCGGAUGAAGCCGGCGAGCGAGCCCUCCAGGAGGCGGGGGGCCCCGCCGCGGCCGAGCUCCAUCCAGCAGCACAAAGCCAGGCUCUGGCCGAGAUCCGCCGAGAUCUGGAGAAGUACAUGGAGGCUCACGAGAAGGCCAGUUUCACCAACACGGAGCUCCACCGGGCCAUGAACCUCCACAUCAGCAACCUGCGCCUGCUCGGGGGGCCUUUGGAGACCCUGAGGGAGGCCCUGCCACGGCCCCAGCUCAACGAAGAGGAAGUGGCCGGGCUGCAGAUCAUGAAGCGGAUCCUGGGGAAGGUUCAAGAGAUGAGGGAACAGAGGAACUCUUUGGAGAAGCAGCUCCGUGACCUGAUCCAGCAGGACGACAUCACCUCCACACUCGUGACCACAGACAGAGCAGACAUGAAGCGUAUAUUCGAGGAGCAGCUGAAGAAGUACGAGCAGGUGAAGGUCUAUAUCGACCAGAACCUGGCAGCACAAGAGAACAUCCUGAAGGCCCUGACGGAGGCCAACGUUCAGUACGCCUCGGUGCGGAAGGGCCUGAGCCAGACCGAGCAGCAGUGGAACGGCACCAUUCAGGGCCUGGUGGGCUCGUACGAGGCCUACGAGGACCUGAUGAAGAAAUCCCAGGAGGGGAAAGAGUUCUACGACGACCUGGAGGCCAAGGCCUCCCGUCUGCUGGAGAGGGCGAAGGCUCUGAGCCAGAGCAGGGCCGAGGAGAGGAAGCCCGUCCUGGAAAAGGAGACUCAGAAGAAGCCCCCAGCACGGCCCACAGCGGCUAAGCCCUCCUUGAGGCCGAAGGCUGAUGUGGAUUCGGCCUCUUCCAGCAUCGAGGAUCCAGAGUUGGCCCAGCUAAGUGCAGCCAUCCUGGCCCUGGGGGGCGACCUGCCCGAGGACCUCCGCAGCCUCCCCCCCGACAUUCCUUCCCUCCCCAUCCCCGCGGCUCACCUGCCCGGCCCCGAGGCCUUCAUUCCCGCCGCGGCUAAAUUCGGCGGCAGCUCCUCCAUGCCCUGGCCCGGCGCUCCGGCUGCUGCUAAUCUCCCUCACUUCCCGGCCAACCUGCCCCCCCCAGAGCUUCUGGCACGCAUCGCACAGUUUCCCACUUCAGGACCCCUGCCACGUGUCCCCCUCCCUCAGAUGGCUCCGCAGAGGGGCCCGCAAAUGCCCGCCCAGCCCGUUGCUCCCGGUUACCGGCUUCCCCCUCAGCACGCUCCGCAACCGGGCCUCGUCGCCCCCGCCCCAGUGCGGCCGUCCACCACCACAGUGGACAGCAUCCAGGCCCCCAUUCCCAGCUACACCCCCACACCACAGCACCCCGUCCCGCCCGCGGUCUCCACCGCCUACACGGCGCCGCAGAUAGGAGCGUACCCCCACUUCCUGCCCCAUCCCGGCGUUCCCGGUCAGCGUCCGGGACAGGCCCCCGCUUCCCAACCGCCGCAGCCGAAGCACCCCCACCAGUACCCCCCGCCCGUCGCCCAGCCGCACUCUCAGGGGUACCACCCCGGGCCGAGGGCCAUACCCGGGCCCCACCCUCCUCUCCAGACCCAUCCAGGGUACCCCCACGGGUACAUGCCCCCCCAGCCCGGCGUUCCCUCUCCGUACCAGCAGGCGUAUCCGGGCCCGCUCCAGCCGCAUCAGCAGAACGGCUUCCAGCCCCAGCACCAGAUAGCCCAGGGCUACCCCCCCGCUCCGGGCUACGCGCCCCAGCAGCAUCCGCAGAUGAUGCCAGGCUCCAUGAGGCCCCCCCAGCUUGGGAAUUUGUUCUUAAAUACAAAACAGUGA